GUUGAGACAAAAGUUAGCUGAAUGAAUGAGAGGAGAGAUAAAAAGACAAAAAGACAACAACUUUAGUCUAUAAUUUCCUGUAAACAUUAGAAAAUAUAUUCCUAACGUAUUAUUGGAGAUAUUUAUUAGAACCCAACCCAAAUGUGUUGAGAAAGAUGAAGCUCUUCUGUGCAAUUGUGCUGCUAUGGGCAUCCUCCGCGGACUGCCAGCAAAGAGGUCUCUUCCCUGCCAUCCUCAACCUGGCCAGUAAUGCAGAGAUCACCACCAAUGCCACCUGUGGAGAGACUGAGCCAGAGAUGUACUGUAAGCUGGUGGAACACGUACCAGGACGACGCAUCCGCAACUCCCAGUGUCGAACCUGUAAUGCCCAGAGUCAAAACCCCAAAGAGCAACAUCCAAUCACCAAUGCUAUUGACGGCACCAAUGGGUGGUGGCAGAGCCCAAGCAUAAAAAAUGGCCGCCAGUUCCACUUGGUGACCAUCACUCUGGAUUUACGACAGAUUUUCCAGGUGGCCUACAUCAUCAUCAAGGCAGCCAACUCCCCUCGUCCCGGUAACUGGGUGCUGGAGCGUUCAAUGGACGGUGUGGAGUACACACCCUGGCAGUACUACGCCAUCAGCGACACAGAAUGUCUGACCCGCUACAACAUCACCCCCCGCUUCGGACCCCCCACCUACAAACGAGACGACGAGGUCAUCUGUACCUCCUACUACUCACGUCUCGUACCCCUGGAGCACGGAGAGAUCCACACGUCUUUGAUCAACGGGCGGCCCAGUGCUGACCAACUGACCCCAGAGCUGCUAGACUUCACCUCAGCCCGCUACAUCCGGCUGCGCCUGCAGAGGAUCCGCACGCUCAACGCCGACCUCAUGACCCUCAGCUACCGUGACCCUAAGGAGGUGGACCCCAUCGUCACCAGACGGUACUACUAUUCCAUCAAGGACAUCUCAGUGGGCGGGAUGUGCAUCUGUUACGGCCACGCCCAGAGCUGCCCCUGGGACCCCGUUGCCAAGAAGUUGCAGUGUGUGUGUGAGCACAAUACGUGUGGGGAGAGCUGUAAUGAGUGUUGCCCCGGCUACCACCAGGAACCGUGGCAACCGGGAACCCUCUCCAACGGCAACACAUGCGAGAAAUGUAACUGCCACAACAAGGCCGAGGACUGCUAUUACAACCAAACUAUGGACGACCACAAGAUGAGCAUGAACUCGCAUGGACACUUCCAUGGCGGGGGUGUGUGUAUCGAUUGUACCCAGAACACGGCCGGUGUCAACUGUGAGACCUGCGCAGAUGGCUUCUACAGACCCCACGAGGUGUCGCCCUACAGUGAGAACCCAUGUGUGGAGUGUGGCUGUGACAUGAGGGGGUCUUUGACUCCUGCCUGCAUCAGAGAUGACAACCACGCCAAGCUGGAGAAAGGUCUGAACCCAGGGCAGUGUUUGUGUAAAGAGGGCUUUGUGGGUGAGCGCUGUGAACGCUGUGCCUUUGGCUACAGGGACUUCCCCCUGUGUUCACGCUGUGAGUGCAGUCUGGAAGGCAGCCUCAACAUCGACCCCUGCACAGAGUGCAUCUGCAAGGAGAACGUGAUGGGGGCCAACUGUGACCUGUGUAAGCAGGGUUUCUACAACCUGGAGGACCGUAACCCUGAGGGAUGCACAGAGUGUUUCUGCUUCGGUGUGUCUGACGUGUGUGAGAGUUCACCCUGGUCUUUGUUUCAGACUGUUGACUCCAAUGGAUGGCUCCUUCCUACCCAAAGCGUCUCCAUCUACACGGCACCCCUCACUGAUGACGACAACAACCUCAUUGUCCCCAGCAUCACCAUGAUCCAGUCGUACCGUUUUGUGUCUACCUGGGCCGCUCCGGAGGGCUUCCUGGGGAACAGGCUGACAUCAUAUGGAGGGCUUUUAAACUACACUGUGGCCUAUGAUGUUUCUGUGGACAAUGUGGACAAUUCUCUGCCAUCACAGUUUGAUUUGAUUAUUGAGGGGAAUGGGAGAACCCUGCGUCAGACGCCCCCCAAGCAGCUCUUCCUGACGCCCCUGCGGGAGCAGCUUGUUUCCGUGGAGCUCCUACCGCAGGGCUUCGUAGACCUACACACAGGCCAGAGGGUUGACAGGGACGAGCUCAUGACCGUAUUGGCGGACUUGGCCGGACUGAGGAUCAGAGGCCACCUCAAUGCCAGCGCAGAGGGGGCACUCAGGUUGAGCACCGUAUCUCUGGACAUGGCAGACAUCAGGGCUGCUAACCCAGUCCAGGCCCGGGACGUGGAGCAGUGUGAGUGCCCCUGGGGCUACUUGGGCACAUCCUGUGAGUUCUGUUCAUCUGGAUUCUAUCGCGUCGGCGGGAUCCUGUUCGGAGGUAACUGUCUCCAGUGUGAGUGUAACGACCACGCUACAGAAUGUGACAUCAACGGAGUCUGUCUGGACUGUACAGACAAUACCACUGGGCCCCACUGUAACCAAUGCCUUCCCGGUUACUAUGGCGACACCACAGAGGGCACCCCAGAGGACUGCCAGAGAUGUGCCUGCCCGCUGAUAGUGGCGACGAACAAUUUCAGCCCCACCUGUCUCCUGGAGGGCCCUGGACAGGUGACAUGUGACCAGUGCCAGCAGGGCUACACUGGGACUAAGUGUGAGAGGUGUGCUAAUGGUUACCAUGGCGACCCGACUGUGGCAGGCAAGGAGUGUGUGCUGUGUGAGUGUAACGGAAACGUGGACCCCUGGGAGCCGGGCCACUGUGACACCAGCAGCGGUGUGUGUCUGAAGUGUCACAGCCACACCAGCGGAGACGACUGUGAGAGGUGUGAGGACGGCUACUAUGGUGACGCCAUCACUGCCAAGAACUGCCAGGCUUGCAGUUGCCAUGGAAAUGGGUCAUACUCGGCCAUGUGUGACCUGCUCACUGGACAGUGUACCUGCAAACCCCACGUAGUGGGAGAGAAGUGUGACGAGUGUCAGGUGGGCUUCCACAGUCUUCUCAGUGGACAGGGGUGCAGAGACUGUAACUGUAGCCAAUCAGGAUCUGUGUCCACAGCAUGUGAGGAGGAGGGGCGGUGCCAAUGCAUCCCAGGGGUGGCGGGGGACAAAUGUGACCGAUGUUACCAUGGUUACUUCAACUACCAGGACAGAGGGUGUACACAGUGUGAGUGUGCCCACACCCACGGAAACUGUAAUGCGACGACAGGCAAGUGUAUCUGCCCUCCCCACACCAUAGGAGAGAAGUGUGAGCUGUGUGAGGAAGGUCACUGGGGUCACGACACUGUGGCAGGUUGUAAGUCAUGUGAUUGCAGUGAGGCUGGCAGUUCUGCCACCCAGUGUGACCUCACCAAUGGGCAGUGCCUGUGCCGUCCGGAUUUUGCCAGGCAGAAAUGUGACCAGUGCACCAUGGGCUACAGGGGCUACCCAGAAUGCACGGCGUGCAACUGCAACAUCAACGGCACCAGAGAGGAGUUCUGUGAUAAGGAACUGGGCCUGUGCAGCUGUGAGGACACAGGGAACUGUGUGUGCAAGGACAAUGUGGGCGGAGGAGGCUGUGAUGAGUGUAAGAAGGGAUCCUUCGGCCUAUCUGGUCCUAACCCGGACGGCUGCAGCCCCUGUUUCUGCUGCAGCCCCUGUUUCUGUUGUUCAGUGAGUCUCAGAUAUUCUGGUCUGUCGGAUAGAAUAAUCACACUGGGGUCUGACCCAGAGCUGCUGCAUGUGGUCAGUCAGCGUGACCCCCAGGGCAGUGUGGAAGGGGUCUACUACCAGGCCUCAGACAUGCUGCUGGACACCAGGGAGAAAGAAAACAUCACACUGCCUGGACCCUACUACUGGAGGCUUCCCAAACACUACCAGGGAAAUAAGUUGUUGUCGUAUGGAGGGAAGCUGUCCUACAUGGUGGCGUUCUAUGCUCUGGACGGGGCUGGCCUGGCCAACUACGAGCCUCAGGUCCUGAUGAGGGGGGGUCAUCUGGGAAAGAAGGUCAUCUACAUCGAUAUGCCUGCCCCUGACAACAGGGUCAAAACACGUCAGAACGUCCCACUGACGGAGCACAACUGGAAGUAUUUCAACUCUGUGUCAGAGAAAGCUGUGAGUCACUCCGACUUCUUGGCGGUCCUGAGCAAUAUCGAGUACAUCACCAUCAAGGCCUCGUAUGGUACAGGGUUGCAGCAGAGCAGAAUCUCCAAUAUCACCAUGGAUACGGCCCUAGAGGCAGAGGAGGGGUCAGAGGGUUUGGAGGUGGCAUGUCUGAUAGAGACCUGCGAGUGUCCAGCUGGCUACGCUGGACUGUCCUGCCAGGAGUGUUCCCCCGGCUACUACCGCCAACCAGUGACUGAUCUGAACCUGCGGGGGAACAGACCCCUGAUCCAGCCCUGCAUGCCCUGCCAGUGUAACAACCACAGCCAGGCCUGUGACCUGGACACGGGAGAAUGUCUGGGCUGCCAGCACAACACAGCAGGCGAGCACUGUAAUGUGUGCGGCUCUGGGUACUAUGGGAACGUGAAAGGCUCCGUCAGUGACUGCUCUCUGUGUGCCUGCCCCCUCAAAGAGAACAGCUUCAGUCCAACCUGUGCAAUGGAGGGAGUGAUGGGAGACUUCCGCUGUAACGCCUGCAAGCCUGGUUAUGAGGGACGCUACUGUGAGAGGUGUUCAGUGGGUUACUAUGGGAACCCGUCUGGUCCAGGAGGGAAGUGUGAGGCGUGUCAGUGUAGUACUGCAGGUUCUCUCCAUCUGGUGUGUGACUCUCUGAAGGGCCAGUGUGAAUGUAAGGCCGGUGUCAGGGGACAUUUGUGUGACCAGUGCGAGGCGAGACACGUCCUGGACGGGGACCAGUGUGUCUCGUGUGAUGAUGAGUGUACGGGGGUCCUCCUGGAUGACCUGGAUGCAUUAGAGAGCUCCUUCCUGUCUGUCAACCUGACCGGGGUCAUCCUGUCCCCCUACAGCACACUGGUCAGCCUGGAGAACGACACACGAGAGGUCAAGAAUCUGAUGUCUUGGGAAAGUAGCCCAGCAUAUCACCUGAACAGGGUGGAGGAGGACUUGACAAAUCUCACCCAGGACAUAGAAGGACUGCUACGGCAGGCUACAGGGCUGUCUGCUGAUGGAGAGGAAGUGGCUCAGUCCACAGAGAACAGGGUUACCCAGGGGGCCAAGUUUCUGGAGUACAUCACCACCAUUCACACUGCCAUACAAGUCCUGGCGGAGGAAGCUGCCGGUCUGAACAGGACAGAGAACUUGGAGAAGGACGAGGUUAACAGCACACGUCUAUGGGAGCAGGUGGCGGCCAUGUUGGAAACCAUCACAUUAGUCAACCUAUCCCAGGCCAACGCCAGCGUCUCUACAGAACUCAGUGCUACCGAGGCUCUCCUCCAGAGGGUGCUGGAGGACCUUCUGGAGCCCCAGGGGGCGAUAGAGUCCCAGACCCUGAACAUCUCUAACACCCUGACUGAACAUCACCAACAGCUAGAGGAUGCCCAUGCCCUACUGAUGACUGCCAGUGAAAACAACAACCUUACACGCACCCUGCUGGGGAGCAUCUACACCAACCUGCCAGAGUACCAGGGUCUGAAGCAGAAUGUGAGCCGGCUGAACCAGACAGCAGAAACCCAACUAGAGGAGACUCAGGACAUCCUGGCUGAUGCUGUCAAUCUAGCAGAAGACAUGAGCAACGGCACCUCUCAGCUGGAGGGGGCCAAGGACCAGCUGGAGCAGUGGAACCCCAUGUUGAGGAAGCAUGUGGACACUCUGGUGAUGGAGCUGAGGAAGAAAGAUGCUCUGGAGCUGGUCUACAAGGCUGAGGACCACGCCCGGGAACUCAGCAAGAAGGCCCAGGGUCUGCAGAGCUCUCUAAUGGAGGUGAUGAAUACCACGCUGAACGCCACCAGCGCAGAGCAUGGCGACUCUAACAUCAGAGCUAACGUCCAACCUGCAGAGGAGAUGGCUAACCUAGCCAACCUGACCGCUACUAUGGCCCUCAAUAUGAUUGUCCAGCCAGAGGAGUCUUUCACUGAUCUGGGAUCUGAGGCUGUGCAGCGUAGUGAGAAGAUUCUGGCCGAGAGUCUAACCCUGAGAAACAGCACUGAGGGUCUCCUGGCUAACAUCAGUGAUGUGACAGAUAGAAUGGCCUUGCUGAAAGAGAAACUCUGUAACACCAGCCGUCUCAUCCCAGAGCAAGGCGCCCUGCUCCACAGCCUGCCCAACGGCACCAGUGAGCAGGUGCUGGACGCCAAGAAGCAGGCUGCCUUGGCCAACACUUCCCUACAGAGGGCGCUGGAGCGCCUGGAGGAGCUCCGGGUCAGACUGGAGAAGUCCAGCACGGCUGUGGCCCAGGCCAGAACCAGCAUCUCCAACACCAACCAGCUGUUCUCCGACUCACAAUCCACUGCCAGUACAGCUGAGUCUAAGCUGAAGGAGGCAGAGAGUCGUACAGAGAGAUUGUAUGACCGUCUCAAACCACUCAAGACCCUGGGGGAGAACCUGAGCAGAAACCUGUCUGAGAUCAGAGAGAUGAUCAACCAGGCCCGCAAACAGGCUGCCUCUAUCAAGGUGGCAGUGCUGGCAGACAAAAACUGUGUGAGGGCCUACACACCUGAGGUAUCGUCCAGUAACUUCAACACUCUUACCAUGACCGUCAAGACCAGUGAGCCUGACAACCUGCUCUUCUACAUGGGCAGCAGCUCCAGCGUGGACUUCAUGGCGGUGGAGAUGCAGCAUGGCAAGGUGGCGUAUCUGUGGGACGCGGGUUCAGGCCACGCCAAGCUGGAGUACCCCGACAUCCAGAUCAACAACAACAAGUGGCACCACAUCAACGCCACGCGCUUUGGGAGGCACGGCACACUGUCAGUCCACCAGCUGGAGUCAGAACCCCUGCCCGCGGUCAAGACCACCUCACCAGGCUCCGCUACGAUCCUGGAAGUCAACAAGUCCACCCUGAUAUUCGUUGGUGGCCUGGGAGGCCAGAUCAAGUCCUCUGUGGUGAAAAUGACCCAGUUUAAGGGCUGUAUGGGGGAGGCGUCGCUCAACGAGAAGAACAUCGGGCUGUGGAACUACGCUGAGAGGGAGGGCCAGUGUCGCGGCUGCUUCAUGAGUCCGCAGACAGAGGAGACGUCCUUCCACUUUGAUGGCAGUGGUUACUCAGUGGUAGAGAAACCCCUCCGCUCCACCUCCACCUCCAUCGUCAUGCUGUUCAAGACCCUCUCCCCCAACGGCCUGCUGCUCUACCUGGCCUCCAACGGCACGAGGGACUUCCUGUCCAUUGAGCUGGUGGAGGGCCAAGUGCGUCUGACCUUUGAACUGGGCUCUGGCCCUCUGACCCUCACCUCCAACAAAGCCUACAACACCGGCAGCUGGUACAAGAUCACCCUGCAGAGGAACAAACGCAAAGUUUAUAUGGCGGUGAUGGCGGCAGACAACUCAUCAGAGAAAGAGAUCAUGGAGGCGGAGUCUCCUGGGACCGCCUCCGACCUCAACCGCUCCGACCUGGACCCAAUCUACAUCGGGGGACUGCCCAUGUCUCGCCCUAUCAGGAGACAAGUAGUAGCACGGUCCUAUGUGGGCUGCAUCAAAAACAUGGAGAUUGCCCGCUCCAACUUUGACCUGCUCCGAGACUCCUAUGGUGUCAAGAAAGGCUGUGUGUUAGAGCCCAUCCGCAGUGUGUCUGUACUGAGAGAGGGCUAUGUGGAGUUGCCGUCUGUUUCUCUCGACCCCCAGGGGGAGCUGUUGGCCUCCUUCUCUACCCGCAAUGACACUGGCAUAAUCCUGGCAGGCUUCAGCAAGGCAGGCACCCGCAAAAGCAGACAGGCUCGCCAGCCCUUCCUGGCAGUCAUGCUGAUUUCGGGGCGCUUGGAGGUUCAUGUCAACAUGGCAGAGGGCGGGAGCGUCCACAAGGUUGUGGUCAAAUCACGCUCUGGGAGUUUCAGUGACGGACAGGAGCACUCGGUCAUCUUGCAGAGGAACAGGAAGAUGCUGGUUGUACUAGUGGAUGAGGACCACCAGGAGAUGGUACGUCUGUCCUCGGAGAAGGCCUCUCUGACCCUCACCUCUCUGUACAUGGGCGGAGUCCCACCAGCAGAGGGCGCCGGGCUGCUCCGAACCACCUCCUCCUUCUACGGCUGCAUCAGGAACCUGGCCCUGGAUUCCAAGUUGUUGGACCUGUCAGCUGCUGUGAGGUACCACAACGUGGACAUGGACAGCUGUCUAUUGGAGGAGAGGCCUAAAAGGGUCCUCCUACCUGAUGACACUGACCUAGAUGCCGAGCCCACUCCGGACCCUGCCAGAACCCCUUCACCAGCCCCCGGCCAGCUCAGCGCGCUCACCCCCGGCACACUCACGUGUGCAUCGAUGGACAACACCUCAUCCAUCCCAGAAGCCCAGCAGUUUGGCAUCUCCAGACACAGUCACAUGGUCCUCAGCAUCAACCCCAACACAGUGAGGAGGAGUUUCUCUCUGGAGCUGUCGGUGCGUACCUAUACCCAGAGUGGUUUGAUCUACUACAUGGCCCACGCCAACCAGAUGGACUACGCCACUCUGCAGCUGCUGGGAGGACAUCUGUUCUUCACCUGUGACAAGGGCAGCGGCCCCGCCACCGCCACCUUCCCUGUGCCCGUCAACGACGGCCAGUGGCACACAGUGAAGACGGACUUCAAUAAGAAGAGUGUGGUUAUCAGUGUCGACGGCCAGCCGUCAACUCCAGUGCCGGCUAAAGGAAACACUCUGGAUGUGGAGAACAAGCUGUAUCUGGGAGGACUUCCCCAGACCUACACCGCCAAGAAGAUAGGCAAUGUGACCCAUAGUUUGGCAGGCUGCAUCCAGAAGGUGUUGAUGAACAGUGUUAAGUUGAACACCCAGAGUCCAGUGUCUGAACAAUCUACUGCGCACUGCUUCACCGCAGCCCAGGACGGGACCUUCUUCAAUGGGAGCGGAUACGCUGCUCUGAUAAAGAAUGGGUACAAAGUGGGCUCAGAUAUGGAGGUGUCUCUGGAGUUCCGCAGCACAGUGUCAGAUGGAGUCCUCCUUGGGGUCAGCAGUGCCAAGGUGGACGCCAUCGGGCUGGAGCUAGCCAACGGACAGGCGGUGUUCCACGUGAACAACGGUGCCGGGCGGGUGUCGGCCACUUCGCGGCUGGGCUGGUGGCUGUGUGACGGUCUCUGGCACACCCUGCUGGCAAAGAAGACCAAGAACGCUCUGAGUCUGACCGUGGACGGAGUCACGGUGCUCACCGACAACCCCCACCCCCAGUCCACCUCGGCUGAGACCAAGGACCCGGUCUACGUGGGAGGCUUCCCUGUCGGUGUGAAACAGAACUGCCUGACAUCCAGAAUGCCGUUCCGUGGAUGUAUGCGUAACAUCCGCUUGAUCAAGGGUCACACGACCAACAUCCUGGACUUCAGUACUGCCUUCACCCUCCAAGGAGUGUCACCCCACUCCUGCCCCAGCACCGCCACAUAACCUUGCCACAACCAUACCAGAACUUUACCAGCCAUACCAAACCAUUCCAUAUCUAACGCUAUGACCAUGUGAUUUGACCAUUGAAAUUUGACCUCUGAAAUUACUUCCAUUUGUAAUGUUUUGUAAAGAAAGAUUGAAGUAAUGUUUGGUCAAUGUGAAAGUGUUUAUUUUUAUUUUUAUCAACUUAUUUUCUGUGUUGGUGUUCAUGUUCUUUUGUGCAUUUUGACUCCUCAAAUUAAUUGGACAAUAGAAUGUCUUAGUUUCUAUAUGCGAUGUUCUAGAAAAUUAAUAUUUGCUAAUAAAAUACUUAAAAAAUAUCAAUAUCAUAGUAUAUCAAAGUCAUAGUUGAUCUGUAGGCUCUAUUACUAUAGGCCUGCCCACAUAUUAUGCAGUGCAUAACACGCUUGUCAAAGCUGCUCCCAUAGCGGUCAUCCUUCUGAUGUUUUCCGUUCUAUACCAUGUCUGUUUGUCUUUCUGCAUAGUUUCCCAGGAGCACCUGCAGAAUAAUGUUCUGAAUUUAGUGUUCAUGCUAUUUUGGGGGAGAAACUGAGCUGAUUUUUUGCCUAACAUAUUUCACAACACAGUUCUGGCAAGAGAGAAAGACACGUUAUAUUCAGUUGUUACGGUGUCAGAUACAUUGUGCCACUUGGCCAAAACUGUCAACAGUGGUCAAAUAAUAUUCAUAAAAUAAAUGCAAAUUAAAAUUUGUAAAAAUGCUAAAUCAGUAUUCUAUAUACAGAAAAUACACACAUAGUAAGAGUCUAUGGUGCACAAUCAUUUACAAAAAAAUGUUUACACAAUGGCUUUGGAAGGAUAAAUCAUUUUUAAAAGUCCUGCGCAAAGUCAAAUCAACAUUACGACCUUUGUCUUGUUGACACAAUUGCUUAAACAACAAAAACCACAGGCUGACCACCAAGGCACAGG